GGAUAAACACAUGGGGUUCCGAGUUCCGACACACAAGACACGAACUACUUAUUACUGGGAAAGUUAAAGGUCACCAGAAGAUUAGAUAUUCGAGCUAAUCUAUAAAAAAAAGUUUCACUUUGUCAUCUUCUCAGUCUCAACGAUGUAUCUCCCUCCUGAAGAUCCCUCAUCACCAGUUCCCAACGCUUCCUCUAUCUCUAUGACACCAAAACCGAGGAUGGUGAUACAGAGAUGCGAAAAUGGGUUUAAGAUGAGGAAGCUGAAUGAUGAUGUUGAAGAAGACAACGACUCUUCAAAGAUGGAGUCAAACAUCAGACAUGUAGAGGCUGAGAAUAAGCUUCCUGUAGUUUCUGAACCAGAAGCAGCAGCAGCUUUAGUGCCUCAUGCAACCAAGCCCGAAACUACUGAAGAAGAGGCUCAGAAAGUGUGUGCCAGAGAACAGUUGUAUAAGCUAUGUGGUGUGAGGCAUUGGAAAGCACCAUUGUAUACGUUCUUCAACCAAGACGGCCCUGACAAUACAAAACUAUUUAAAGUCGAAGUCAGUGUUGAAAUCAAGGAAGUUUCAGGGAUAACGGUACUGGAGUGUUUAGGGGAUCCACACAACAAGAAGAAGAUCGCAGCUGAGCAGGCAGCAGAAGUAGCCCUUUGGUUUCUCAAGAAUGUGGGUCAUACCCUUUAGACUGACAAAGCUUGUGGUCGUGAGAGGGCGGACAAGGCAACAGGAGAAGCGUGCAAUGAUGAUCUUUGCCAUUUAGAAUCUGUUAACAUGACUACGUAGUCUUCUAGUUUUGUUCAUGUUAAUUGGCCCUUAGCUGAUUAGCAUUUGAUAGAAGAAGCUCUACCUAGGUAGGGAGCUCAAAAGGUAAACAUAGCUCACCUCGAGACUAUUCUGAUAUCUAUCAAAGUUUGUGUACAAGGAUCAUCUUUUCUGUUACAUUAGCAGGGAGUAAACUU